GUCACGUUUAUUCGCGCAUGUUGUGCUCUUGUGGAAAAAUUGCCUUCCUAAAACGUUGGACUUGUGUGUUGAAUUCAGGUUCUGGAAACGUUUAGAAAUUCUUGGGUGGUGCAGCAAGACGAUCCGACGGUAACAAAAGGAACUCGUUAAUUUGUUCGCCCACCCCGAGUGUUGUAAAGUUUCUCUGGCAGCAGUGAGUGCUCAUUGCACUGAGACUUGGUCUCUCCCAUCUCAAGAAGCUAAGAUUAAAAAAAUCGAGUUUUUGCAACAAGACGAUCUGACAGUAACAACAACAACAACAAAAAGGAACUCGUUUAUUUGAUCGCCCCCUCCCCAUCCGAUCUUACCCCAGACUCCUGAUCGUACUCCCUCACCCUCCCAACGCGCCCACCUCUCAUGCUCACAGUUGCAGCAGCAGCAACAGCAACAACAGCAGUAGCAACAGCAGCAGCAACAGCAGCAGCAACAGCGACAGCAACAACAGCAGCUGGAGCAGCAGCAGCAGCAUGUCGUCAAUAUUCAUUAAAGUAGAACAGCCUCUGGUCUCCUUCGGCAUCAUCACCGACGUGCAGUACGCAGACUUGCCCGACGGCACCGACCACACGAAGACCAAGCCUCGCUACUACAGGAACUCUCUGAGCCUCCUCAAGAACGCCAUCAACGAGUGGAAAAGCACACUGUACCCUGUCUCGUUCGUCAUCCAACUCGGCGACCUCAUCGACGGACGCAACCAAGAGUUCGGGGGGACGCCGCAGAGCCUUAUGGCCUUGAGGAGCGCUCUUCACGCCUUGGACGCGCUGCACUUGCCUGUGUGUCACGUAUUCGGAAACCACGACCUCUACAAUUUCACGCGCUCCUUCUUCGCAGCGUCUCCGUUGGUGGACAUGACCACGACUGGGUUCCUGAACAGAACAGCAAGCCCUUCUUCUCCUUCUCCCCGAAUGUACUACACGUUCCUGUUUCACCAAAAACUCCGGAUUGUGGCUCUCGACUCGUACGAAGUCGGUCUCCUGGGAUACUCGGACAAACCGGACGAGCCGAACCACCAAAGAGCGCUCACUUGGAUGUCCAAGAAGAACCCGAACGUAGAUAGGAACCACAGCACAGGUCUAGAGGGCUUGGAGCGGCGAUGGGUGGCAUACAACGGAGGUGUCAGUGACACGCAGAUCAAUUGGCUGGAUCACACUCUGGCCGCCGCGCGAGAUAAGAAGGAAAAUGUGAUCGUUUUGACUCACGUGUCGCUCCAGAACGAGGUGAAGGACGACUCGAGCCUGUGCCUGCUGUGGAACUACGAGGAGGUUCUCCAGGUGAUCCACCAGUACCCGUGCGUCAUCGCUGUGCUAGCUGGCCACGACCACGAUGGUCACUACUGCGUUGAUGACCACGGCGUCCACCACAUCACCUUCCCAGGGGUCAUCGAGACCAGGCCUGGCAGCGACUGCUACGCCACGGCCCGGAUGUGGAAGGACAAGCUGACCAUUGCAGGGGCGGGCAGGGUGCAGAACUUUGUCGUGCCUUUGAGGUAUCCGGCCGUGUGAUAUAUUCUUCUUGUGAAAGUGAAAGUAAUAACAUCGACAUCGGCAGGCUGGCUUGCUGGAUUGAACUUAGAACCUCGCUCGCUUUCUUUCGUGGUUAUCUCAGGGAUUUAUUGCGAAUAACAUGGUACUGAACACCCCCCCCCAAAACAAACAAAACAAACAACAACAACAACAAAACA